GCCGCAGUGCGUUUCGAGCGGCCAGUCGUCCCUGUUCUGUCAGUCAGAUAUGGCUCGUCGGCCAAAAAAGUCGGCGCUGAUGCUGGCGGUAACGAUCGUUACGCUCAGCUUAGCGAGCUUAGUGAAUCGGUGUUCUGGCGCAAGUAGCAGCAGCGGCGAGCUCGACGAUCUGAACGCGGAUGAAAGCAGAAAUUAUCGCGAGUUGUUGAAUAUUCCGAAAUUUGGCGACCGGUUAGCGCCCCGCAAUCGGCCGCACGUGGAAGAUGGUGGAGGGCCGGGCGCGAUCGCGAGUGUCGUUGGGCCUUCGGUGGCCGCGGGUGGGAGCAAGUUCCGACGACAGCCCGGACCCGGGAAUGCGUACCCCGGGGUGACUUAUAGGAAUGCGGGAAGAUUCGGCGCUGGGGUGGCAAGUGUAGUGACGGGUGACGGUGAGAAUCACGAAGAGCUGCACACGCUGGUGCAUAAUGAGCAUGAUAUCAAGAGAAGUGAUGUCCUGGUGACUGGGGUGGCUCAAAAUUUGGAGGAUACAAAUAGUAGCAGUGAGUACUUUACGGGCCCCGAUGAAGAUGAUGAAGAACAGACCGAAACAGAUCACGAAGGGGAAGAGGAGAAUGACGGUGAUGGUGAUGAUGAGGAAGAAGAUUUCGAAGAGGUCGAAGAACCAGACCAAUUGGAUGUGCAAGGAAGAAGUGUUAACAAUCGGGGCUUGGAAGAUCAGCAUGUUUUGCUGGAGAGUGCUAAUAUAAGGGAUAACAGUUUGGCAUUGCUGGUCGGUCAACAGAAUGUCAGUGCAAACGCGUCUUCGGCGCAAGCCCAUCGGUUAGAAAUGUCCACCGAAUUUUUCGUAGUGCCAUCGACAGCGUCUACCGCUGCUUCGCGUUCGACGACCGUGCGUCCUGGUGGUGUAAUCUUGGCGGCUCGUAAUCCAACGAGUCACCAUGGUAGUAGCAGUAAUACCCACAAGCUAAACGUUACACCACCGACUAUCAUCGCGGCUAGUUAUCCGAGUGGACUGCGGAAAGAACCUUGGGUGGUGCCUGUUUUGGUACUAGCCUGUUUGUCGAUGAUCAUGAUGGCAGCCUUCGAAAUAUUUGUGUUGUGCAAAGCUUGGCGUACGUCUCCCAGCCGGCGCCAUCUGUUCCUCGGUCAAAUGUUGCUUCUUGGACUGUUUUCGUGUUCGGGCCUGGCAGCUGUUCUCACCAUCAAUCCAACGAUUCUUUCCUGCGCAACGAUGCGCUUCGGAGCUGGUGUUGCCUUUGCCCUCGUGUUUGCAUCACUGCUGGUCAAGUGCGUCUUCUUGAUCAGUCUCAACGGUGGAGUGUAUCUUCCAGCACCCUACCAAGGGCUGCUGCUACUCUUCGCAGUGCUUAUUCAGGUUGCCGUUGGAGCACAGUGGCUUCUGACGUCACCUCCCAGUGUAGAUCAGGUUCCCAUAUCGGGAGGCACAGCGGUUUCCAGUCGGUACCACCUGCUGCUCACCGCUGGAGACUUGUCUCAUGUGAAUCCAACCAUCCCGCUGUGUCACACGACCUUCUCGGAGUUGCUCCUGUCGUUGAUCUACGUAGUGUUCUUGAUCAUAUUCGUGGCCAUUCUGGCAAUCAAAUCGCGCGGCAUUCGGGACAACUAUCGUGAAGCAACGUACAUCGGGUUGGCCGUCGGUGGCAUCAUACCCAUCUGGCUGGGGUGGACCUUGUGCGGGCUGGCCGUGGCCGAUCGGCAUCGGGACGCGUGCCUUGCCUUCGGACUGGUGGCAACGGCUUCCACAGUGUUUCUGGUGAUGUUUAUGCCCAAGGGCCGUCAGCUGGCGGCCAUGGGUAAGGAAGGUCUCUACGUGGAAGAUCGCGAAGAGCGGUUCAGCUCGUUGAGCCGCGCCGGAUCCGGAUAUUCACCGUCGUUCUUCCACUUCAAGCCGAUCAAGUACGGGGUCAUGGGGGCCUCUCCGACGCUGCAGACCAACAACGGGACCGUGGUGGGAACGACGACCACUUCCAAGCACCAGGCGGUUGCGACACUCGGCGGAGAUCGCGUUGCACUGGUUACGGCGGCACCCCCGAGCUACACGCCACGCAUGUAUCAUUACUUUCCAGCACACAUGACACAUCCCUUCUGUUACUAUCCCCCGCAGCAGGCACGAUAUCCAGGUCUGUUUAUGCGUCCGGACGAGGCCAAUCUCUACACCACCCUGGAGCAAACGAUGAGCAGUAAUCCGAACGUGUACUUCCAGCGUGGUGGUGGGGUCCAUCCGGGAAUGAUGUACUAGAGCAAAACAAAAAGGGGAAAGCGAUGGUUCCUACAAAUAAAGUAAAAGCGACAAACAUAAUAGAAAAAUGUGGUCCGAGAAGUGUGCCUAAUCCAAUUCAACAACAACAAAAAAAACUGGACCCAAUCAAAGGGCCCCGACGAUUUCCGAUUCGGGCGCUUCGAAGGCCACCAAAUGAGUAUUUUGGAGCAACACCCAACCACCGUACAUACCGCUGCUACUGCUGCCGCCACCCAGUCGCUACAUUACCAACACAGAGGAAGUGCGACGAAGGCAGACGAAACAAGUGAUUUUAGUUCGAUAAGGAUUCGAUUUGUAAGGACAACACACCCCCCAGGAGAACCGGAAAGGGCUUCUUCCAUAGAUCCACACCCACACACAACCCGUGGCCCUUUGAGUAGAGUAAGAGAGUACGCAACCAGUAUACCGCGCUAGGACCUGCUACGUUCGACUUCAUUAGAAUUUAAGUAAACCCCGAGCAAAUGUGAUCUCUCAGAGCAGACGGUAAAAUAGGAGAAAAUAAACAGAGACGACGAGACCUACAACGAGGCACACAUCCAUCUGGGCUAGGUUUGCAUAACCUAAGCUCGAAAUGAGCUCGAAAAUCAUUCACCCGACCACCCCAGAAACAAACCCUUUUGGGUACCGUACACACAGGAUUACAUAAUUUUGAGCCACCUUUAUUUUCGCCUCGGCUGCCGACGACCACUAUGCAGGUGUAAGCGAGAGACAGAGAAAAAAGGCAGAGAUUCCGAUAGCCAAUAGUAAAAUUCAACAAAUGCACUCGUUCAUCAAUCAGCAAUCAAUAGAAAUUAGGUUAAUCUAAAACUAGAUCAAACGAACUUGAACGGCCCCUAUAUCCAUUUCAUUCCCUUUGCUUCAUAGAUCUAGACCAUUAGGUAGAUAAAUCAGUGUUCAUUCCUCGCUCCCAGACCCCAGACCCAGUAGACUCUAGAAAAAGACUUGUAUGUUUAUAGAUCAACUCGUAACAUUUGUCACUGAGCCACACUUCAUUCCAUCUAGUUGUUAAGGAAACCUUAGGUAAAUGAGUUCAACCGUUGAACAGUAACGCGCGUGAACGAAACUCUCUCUGUGAAUGAAUUUAUUCGACAAAUCUUUAUUUUUAACUACCGUGGAAGUGUGUGAUACCUUCCCGGAAAAAAACUUUUUCCCAUUCAGGGUCAAAUCCAACAGGUGAGAAUGGAAAUGACUAGCCUACCCCCCAUGUCCCUUUCCUCUCUAGUAUAAUUUUUACUCUUAAGUGAAUUAGAAUGCGAAACGAGAUGCGACGAAAUGGAAGAACGAAACCCGUUCGGAGAAAGCGUGCAAAAUAUUGACAAUAUAAAACUUUUCUUGCUGUAAAUACUAGUGCUAGAAAUUGCCGGCCGCAUUUGCGCGGGCCGAUAAUAAAAUCGAAGAUACUUUUUAAGAUUGAGAAAUGAGCGAA